AUGGCUGUCGACAGUACUGAUUUGCGAUAUAAAAUAAAAACGUCAAGCAGAUAUGACAAACCCUGGCGAAAACGACGUUCAUCUGGUGAAAAAUAUGACACGCUAUAUUCCGAUUUUUAUCAGCGUGCAUCCAGGUAUGAUCAACAAACCGAAGAAGACCGCAAAGACCAAUUGAGGAAGAUUAACUCUGGAAUCGUACAGCGUCGUCUCUUUACGUCAAGUCAGUGCGACGACAUCGAAAAGAAGAUCGACGAUGUUGUCAGAGAAGCAGACGAUGGCGCCUUCAAAGAACACACGGUGGACAGAACCCCGCUGAGAAACAAGUACUUCUUUGGCGAAGGUUAUACCUAUGGAACUCAAAUGGCAAAGAAAGGUCCACGACAGGAAAGACUGUAUCCUAAAGGGGACGUCGAUGACGUCCCAGAGUGGAUAGAAAAAUUGGUUAUUGAGCCACUCUGCGAUGCAGACAUUAUUCCACGUGGGUUUGUGAACAGUGCCGUUAUCAAUGACUACAAGCCUGGAGGUUGCAUUGUCUCACACAUCGAUCCUAUCCAUAUUUUUGACCGCCCAAUUAUCUCAGUUUCGUUUUUCAGUGACAGUGCAUUGAGCUUUGGAUGCAGAUUUACCUUCAAGCCUAUUAGAGUCUCCCGUCCAGUUCUGACACUCCCAAUAACACGUGGGUGUGUUACACUGCUAAGUGGCUAUGCUGCAGACGAAAUAACUCACUGCAUUCGACCACAGGAUGUUGUUAAAAGAAGGGCUGUCAUCAUUUUAAGAAGAGUACAAGACGACGCUCCGAGACUGGAAGCCAGCCACUUACUUGUCAGCAAGCGAAGAUACUCCACAGACAGGUCCUCCGACAGCGAUGACGAAAGUGUGAAAAGACAAAAGGCAAAUGACAGAGAUGUAUUGCCGCACUCAGGACAGCAAGAAACACUUAAAGGUGAACUCCAAAGUAAUUGCCAUAACUCCAGCUGGUGGAGAUGGUGGGAAAACCCCAGAAAGAAAGUAGUGCCAAAAGCUAAAUGGACCUGAGGGAAAGGACACGGGUACAUAGGAUUACAGCCUAAUCCUCAAGAUGUACAGAACAUGUUUAAAAACUGUAUUUUCUGAUAAUUGUAAAGAAAUUUUAGUCUUAAUCAAAUGGAUCCCAGUUUCUGCAUUUAGGACUUUUGUACAUGUAUAUGUACAUUUGUUUUAGCUCCUAGUGAAUUUAAGAAGAGCACCUGUGAUAAGUUACAACAAUGAAACAUUACAUGUUAUGAUGAUGAUUAUUAUGAUUAUUAUACAUGUAUGCAGAGUGUUAAGAAUCAUAGUAUUAUAGUAUCAGGGCAUUAACUCCACUUUUGGUUUGGGGAAUUCCUCGUUUUGGAAUUGGGCAUUCCGAAAAAUAUGCUGCAAACCGAAGAUGUUAUGAAACAUACAGAUUUCUAUGUUUUUACUUAUUUAUCUUUCUCAGUUACUGCAUUUCACGUAAAUUGCACUCUAGUCAUUAUGCCUAACAAGUAUAUACUACACUUAAUCAAUUCCAGUUUGCACGUAUCCCUGAUUUUGUUUUCUUUUUUAAAUUUCAAAAUUCAAUUGUUUUCGCAAGUACUAAUUUACUUUGCCGACUGAACCCCCCCCCCCCCAACAUUUUUCAGCAUUUAUUUUCAAUAUAUAUAUAUUUAUUAUAAAUAAUUUUUAAUAUUUUUUUUUUACUACUCACCCACUUUGAAAUGGCAAGUCUUUGCAGCAAAUCGUUUAUUUUUAUUUGAAUAAGGAAUUUACAUUAAUAGAAUUUACUUGCUCUAUUUGCCACUUGGAAACAGAACACUACACAAUAUAGCGCCUACCUAAAAUUUAAAUGAACUCGACUGGCUGUUUUUCCUGUCACUAUAUAUCAUUGGGUAGAUUCUAUUUUGUUACUGUAAAUUAGAAUAAGUACAAAUGGUAAGAGGAGGCGAAAUGCAGACAUACGUCGGUAAAAUGCAGACAUACGUCGGUAAAAUGCGGACAUGGUCAGUGGACACAAUUUUCUUUUAAUCCACAGCAUUUUAAACAUUUAUUUUGUUACAAAAUAUAAAUAAUUAAACUUUUAAAUCUCUAAAAUUAUCUUUUAUCAUCUUCUGAAGAAAUAAACCGAGUAAAACGGUAAUUAUAUGCAAUUAGGUUGAAGUUAUUUUCUGAUCCCAAGUGUUUCUCUUUUGUGCCUUUCAAACCACAUUGAUCCACAUGUUGCUAUUUUAAACACAAUUGAAAUGAAAUAAAAAUUUAUUAUUAUAUUUAUUAUUAUAUAAAAAAAUACUGAUUUAGAAUACCCUCGACCAUCCCUGCAGUAUACUUAUUAUGUUGUCCGCAAUUAAACUGCUCUAGUUUUAUAUAGUCAUUCAACUACGGACAAGUUUAUUCGUUUAAUUUUAUCAAACAAUUAUUAUUGUUAAUAUGAUUGUUUUUUGUUUUUUUAAAUUAAGUUAUGUAUCAUAUUAUAAAAGAUUCUUAAAAUACACAAAUUUAUUCUCUCAUUCUGAAACAUUUUACUAAAAAUGUGGUAGACGUAUCUGAUGAAAACGUUUGAUGAAAUAAAUUAUAACACGUGACCAAUGCCAUAGUGCAUGUGACGUGAAAUACUAGUUUUGUGAGUGUUGUUUGUUUUUGUUUUUAAAGUGACACCUGGAUAAAAAUAGAAACAUGGAUUUUCAAGAACUAGCCUAUCUGUAGUCUCAUUAUCAAUUUGCAGACAAUCAAAUGAAAUAUUUAAUGUAUGGAAAUGGAAUGUAGUGGCAGUGUGGUCUAGAUUGUCUGCAUUUUGCCGAUUUCUGCAAUUACCCAAAUCUCCCCUAUACACAGUAAAACCUGCACCCAUGGGAUGAAUUAUGUGAAUUGCAUUUAUAUGUAUGAGGAGUACAUGUAGCACAGUUAUUGUUUUAAGACUGUCAAAUCCUUGACAAUAUUUUUUGUCACUGUACUGUAGAAAUAUUUUAAAGUUUGUUGUUUGAUAAUAAUGGAUUGUUCUAUCACUUUAUUUCACUGACAAGUGUGUUGGGUGUUGAGAGUUCAUAAUUCAGACAGAUUUGGUAGGUGGAUGUUAUAAAACAAUAAAAUAAUACACUCAACUGUC